CCUGGUGCCGGCAGAACCUGGGCGCAGUAACAGACACAAGAUGGGCUCCAAGUACCCUCGGUCCCUCCGCUUCUGCCUGCCCCUGUGGGCCUUCAUGCUGCAGGUGGCUUUCAUUCUCCUCUUCACUUUUUUCAUCUCCUAUGAUGCUCCCUCGGUGGAUCACAAGUUCAUGGUGUUGUAUCAAGUCCUCCAGGAUUUGACCCUUGUGGCAGCCUUGGGCUUCGCCUUCCUUUCCUCAUCUUUACGGAGACAUGGCUGGAGCAGUGUGGCCUUCAACCUCUUCCUCUUGGUCCUUGGGGUGCAGGGGACAAUCUUGCUGAAUCAUUUCCUGAGCCGGCUCUCCCAGUGGAAUGUCAAGAGCAAGCUCGAUUUCAUCCAGAUAGCUACCCUGAGCACCACCCCUAUGCUCAUCUCAGCGGGGGCUGUCCUGGGAAAGGUCAACUUGGUGCAGCUGUCUGUGAUGAUGCUGAUGGAGGCCUUGGCCUUUGGUGCCCUCAGGUUUGCUGACAAGGAGAUCUUCAACAUGGAAGAACACACGAUCAUGAUGCACGGGCACGUGUUUGGGGCCUAUUUUGGGCUGCUUGUGGCUUGGUGCCUCUCCAGGUCUCUGCCCAAGGGAGUGGAUGAGAAAGCCCAGACAGAGAAAAUCCAGAUGGCCACAAGCUCCAGUCUGUUCGCCAUGCUGGGCACCCUCUUCUUGUGGAUAUUCUGGCCGAGUUUCAACUCUGCUCUCCUGGAUGGGACAAAUGAGAAGAACUACUCUGUAUUCAACACCUACUGCGCUCUUGCAGUCAGCACAGUGACAGCCACUGCUAUGUCAGCCCUGACUCACCCCCAAGGGAAGAUCAACAUGAUUCACAUCCACUACGCAGUGCUGGCAGGAGGCGUGGCCAUGGGUGCCCCAUGUUUCGUGAUUACUUCCCCUUGGAUCGCCAUGCUGCUGGGCUUCGCAGCUGGGUUGAUCUCCAUCGGGGGAACCAAAUGCCGCCUGGUGUGUUUGCAGAUUCAGAACCCCAGUGGGAUCCACCACACCUUCGCCUUGCCUGGUCUGCUGGGAGGGGCCGCCUACUUCCUGCUGUUACAGAUGCUCAACCUGAUGGUCAAUGACAUUGGGGCUCUCAGCUUUGCCGUGGCGAUGGGAAUGCUCUCUGGAUUACUAACAGGUUGCCUCCUGAGUGCCAAAGUGUGGAGGGCUCCCCAUGCUGCCAAAUACUUUGAUGACCAGACUUUCUGGGAGUUCCCUCACUUGGCUGUUGGAUUUUAAGCAGAAAUGUCUGAGAACAAGGCUGGGCGUGGAGAUGUGCCUUUCCUUGCAUUCUGUUUGUGUCUGUAACAUGUGUUACAAGAAAGUCUUCCAAGUGGUGAUCUUAGUUUAAAUAAUAUGUUUGGUUUCAUGA